UUUUCGCAGUUUUUAAGUUCAGUUCGUGAGUCGUUGGCUGAGAAAAAACGACAUGUUCACGGGUGUUAUAUCCAUUUUCUUUCAGCUACGUAAAACGUGCGCAAAACUUAAGCUAUAAUAGUGAAAAGUGCUAGAAACCUUAACGGUAAUUCCGCUCUAUUAAGUAGAAAGGAAAAAGAAAGCUUUUUAAAAAGUGACCCAGCUAACGGGAAAUGACAAUUUAUGAUUAUUGUGUCGAUAACGCCCUGCUAAAUCAAUAAACAAGCUGGAAAACACAUAAAUUCAAACAAUUGGUUAAGCCCCAUAAAGACUAACUGUAAAAGUAUUCAGUGUUGCAAAGCUAAAAGUGCAAAGUGCUUAAACUACGGUAAAUCCAUUCUUUUUAGGGAAAUGAAAAUAUUUUAUAUAAGCGUUACAGCUAAUUGGUAAAAACAAAUCAAAGUAAAAAUGGUUGAAUUUUAUUAUCAUUGUGGCAAUGCUAGAUCAAUAAAGCCUUAAGUUAAACAAUUCGUGGUACCCCAAAAACAGUCACGGACAUAACAGUAAACGCAUUCAGUUUAAAAGCCAAAAAGCCGGCCACCAGUGCAAAAAGCCGGAGAACAGAAGCCUCUUCUAUUCUCGUGUUGUUAUUGUCGAAACGGGGUCAAAAGUUCGUGUCUCACUCGCAAAUUCAACCACACAAAACACUCACACACACACACACACACACACAUACGGUUCCUCAAGUGCAAGCGAAGACACUAAGUCGCCUGUCUGGCUGAAAAGCAUGAAAAAAGCAUAAGAAAAGCAGACAAAAGCAUUAGACAAGUGCCAAGUAACUCAAAACUGCAGCCGGAGAGGAGUCUUAGGCCUACGAAACACACGGAAAACCCAACCCCGAGACGAAAAGCUACACCAAAUACUAGACAAACUAGGCCAAUUCGCGUGGACGCGGGGAAAACGUUGCAAAAGUGUUCUGGAAACGUAGAAAAAUAAAAUAAAAUAAAAAAAAAUAAAACAAUAGCAGUUGAGCUCCCUGGCCAUUUGUCAAUGACUGGGCCACUCGCGUGACUGCCGAUUCUUGGGAAAAGUGGAAUUACUCUAGCCGAAACAGACUCCGGCCCAAGGACUACAUCGGAAACAUACAGCCACAUUUCGUGUACGACGGCAUAAAACAGAAGCGGCAAAUAGAAAAGCCAAACGGCGGCUAAGUUGCUUUUGUCUGCCUGCGGAGGAGGAGGAGGAGGAGGAGGAGGAGUCCUGGCAAUUGGCCAAGUUAAUAGAGAGCCGGGAGGCUCGAUAAUGACGUUGCUGCUGCCGGAGCUGUUGCCGCCCAUGCUGAUGAUGAGGCUGCUAACUUGGUUAUUGCUGCCAGCCUAGACACACAGGACGAAAGACCAGCAUCCAGCAUUCAGCUUUCAGCUUGCAGCAUCCCACAUCCUCUGCCCAGACAGACAACAAAAACAAGGUCUGUUGGGGCUGCAACGCGGGGGCUUACUGCAUUUCCGCAUCUUGUUCCUGUCGCCGCCCAGUCAUUUCCACAGCCUGAGUCACCAUGACCAUUGCCCACCCACUGCCGCUCUGCGUGGCCUGGCUGCUGCUCCUCGUCGUGAUUGUGAUGAGCGACAUAACUAACGGCGGUGUGCAGGGACCCAUCGAGGGCUACAAUUCGCUGGACGUGGACGACCUGCUGACAACCACUCCGACUCCCGGCCAGUCCGCCCUGCUCCUGCCCACCGGACCCACCGCCGCCUACACGCAUCCCAAAUGGAUGGAGCCGUACUUCGAUCCCUCGACGCCGCGCAAUGUCACCGCCCUCAUGGGCAAGUCCGCCUAUCUCAGCUGCCGUGUGCGCAAUUUGGCCAACAAAACGGUGUCCUGGAUCCGGCACCGCGACAUCCACAUACUGACGGUGGGCUCGUACACCUACACCUCCGACCAGCGGUUCCAGGCGACCCACCACCAGGACACGGAGGACUGGACCCUGCAGAUAAAGUGGGCCCAGAAACGGGACGCCGGCAUGUACGAGUGUCAGAUAUCGACGCAGCCGGUGCGCAGCUAUUUCGUCCGGCUGAAUGUUGUCGUGCCAACGGCCACCAUCCUGGGAGGUCCUGACCUUCACGUUGAUAAAGGCAGCACCAUAAAUCUCACUUGCACUGUAAAGUUCAGCCCCGAACCGCCGGCCUACAUCUUUUGGUAUCAUCACGAGGAGGUCAUUAAUUAUGAUUCAUCAAGGGGCGGCGUGUCGGUAAUUACCGAAAAGGGCGAUGUGACAACCUCAUUUCUGCUCAUACAGAAUGCAGAUCUGGCCGAUUCGGGCAAAUACUCCUGUGCGCCCUCCAAUGCAGAUGUGGCCAGUGUGCGUGUCCAUGUCCUAAAUGUUCGGGCCAUAAUUUCAGGUGAACAUCCGGAGGCAAUGCAAACUGGUUCAUCCGGUUGUCAGUACAACUGGCUGACAAUCGUCCUGCUCCUGGGCCUUGUCCUUUGCUACAGUCAACGCUGCUGCUGCUCAGCGUCAUUAACAUCGCCAUUAUCAUUACCAUCACCAUCAGCAUCAGCAUCAUCAUUGCCAGCGGCCGCAACGGGAGAAAGUGCAUCCAGUGAAAGUGCGGCAGCCGCAACAGCAACAGCAACAACCACCACCACAACAACAACAUCACCAACAACAGCAACUAUGGCAACAAGGAAGCGGUGUCCUGCGGUCAAAAGCUGUCGCCAGGCCGCCAGUAAUGUGUUGGCCAAAAGGUCCUGUCACAGAUGAUCAACUGAAGGCCACAACAGCCCCAACUAAAUAGAGUAAUUUAAAGAGCCGCAUGAAAUGUGUGCGAGUGAGUGUUGGGCUAAGUAUUUCCGAGUGUGUGAAUGAGCGUUUGCUAAUCAGUCGUUUAGUAUGUCAGUUAUAAACUUGUACUCACAAAAAAAACACAAUGCAAAGCAAUGGCGCGGUAGUGGGUUUAAAUUUAUCAAACUGACUAACAACAAUUUUUUAA